AUGGGUUCCAGCUCGGUGCGUUCGACCUUGGCGCUCUUCUGUUGCCUCGUCUUCGCCCAAGGAGACACCAACGCCUUGAAAUCAUAUUCUACGCUGUCUGCCAGUGAUGACCUCCCACCUGACUUCAACCCGCGUUGCAGUUGGAGACAUCGCCAUAUUGAUGCACCCUGGAUAAAGUCGCCUUCUACAGCUGUUCCGGUGUUUCCUGGCACGUCGAAAGGUCAUCUUCGUCCCUACCUCAUUGACCCCCCUUCCCCUGGGAAGUCACCAUGA